AUGGACGAUGGUAAUGGUAGCCGUGAUGAUGGUGAUGAUCGUAGUGGUGAUAGUGAUGAAGGUGAUGAUGAUGAUAAUUGUGAUGGAGGUGGUGGUGGAAAUGAUGAUGAUGAUAAUGAUGAUGGUGAUUGUAAUUGUGAUAGUGGAGGUGGUGGUGGAAGUGAUGAUGAUAAUGAUGAUGACGAUUAUGAUGAUUAUAAUGAUGAUGGCAGUGGGGGUAGUGAUGAUGAUGAUGAUGAUGAUGAUAAUGAUGGUGAUGAUGAUGAUUGUGAUGGAGGUGGGGGUGGAAGUGAUGAUGAUGAUGGUGAUAAUGGCAGUGGUGAUAGUGGUGAUGAUGAUAAUGAUUAUGAUGAUAAUGAUGAUAAUGAUGAUGACGACGAUGACGAUGAUGAUGGUGAUUGUAAUUGUGAUAGCGGAGGAGGUGGAGGUGGUGGUGGAAGUGAUGAUGAUAAUGAUGAUGACGAUUAUGAUGAUGGUGAUGGCAGUGGUGGUAGUGAUGAUGAUGAUGAUGGUGGUGCCUUUGGUGAUUCCUCUGUCGCUUAA